UUGACCCCUCUACCCAAUGGCAGCGUGAGGUAUAGAGUUUUGGGGAGUGCAUAUAAUCAACAUAUUAUCGAAGGUGCUUAGAUAUCGAUCCUGUAUUUCGAGGUAGUUCAAAAUCUCCUCUCUUGGACCUGCGGGUUUGGCCAUAAUUUUCCUGUGCUUGGUGGGGAAUAACACACGCGUAAAAUGCCGAAGAGAAAGUCUCCAGAGGGUCCAGAGGGCAAGGAGGCCCCCAAAGUCACAAAACAAGAGCCCACCAGAAGGUCAGAGAGAUUGUCAGCGAAGCCUGCCCCUCCCAAGCCUGAGGUCAAGCCCAAGAAAGCCGUCGUCAAGAAGGUGGCCGAUGAUAAGGGGGCAAAGCCAAAGAAAGGAGGUCCUAAGGGCAAGAGGGACGACGGCCCCGCCCAGAACGGAGACACCAAGACCAAUGAGAUCUACGUGUCUCGUCCGUCUGUCAGUGUGUCUUCCAUCAGAAGCACGGCUCCCUCCUUGAUGUCAGUGAGAGGGCAGUGUGAGACAGUCAGAGUUAAGGUGCUCAGCUGGCAGCUUGAAGCCGGGCCAGUCGGAGAACUAUGGAAAACCCAAAACCCCUUUAAAUCUGGAACAUAUAGGCAGAUGCAGAGUUAUCUAGAUAACUCAGCAUACAUCCUCCUUGGAACAGACGCAUCGCUCGUAAACCACAGACAGUCAGGUAACUGAAGCAGCAGAGGAGGCGACUGAGGAGAAGGCGUAAAAGACACGGGCGACUUGUCCCCCUCUGACUACAUGGCAGCAAAGCAUCUUUUUUUACUGACGAUUUUUGUACCAUGCUGAAUUUUUUUUAGACUUGUGAUAGUAGAGAUGGACAACCAGCAGCCCCAUCCCAUAAUGUUCACACACUACCUACAAAAUGUUUUUGCUUGAUUCCCUUCCCUCCUCCAUUGUGUAUUGCUAGGGACUGAAGUGGUAUGUUUUUAUUAGACAGCUGCAAAUGUUCUUCAUCCUGCCUGAAGGGGGCCGUAAAUAUGACUGUUAUGAUCUCUAAAAACCAGCUCUGCCUAUAUUUGUAGUUAUACUUUUCUACAAAAGAUGAUCAUUACUAUUGGCUCUCUGAUAAUAAUGAGGAGAUGCUUCAGUUUCCCCUGCCCCUCCACACCUCCCUCCCCCCCCGGAUGGUAAAGGUGAAGAUUUGUAGAUGCGUGUCAGCAGUUUGAGUGCAGAGCUAGAAGAAACCAGGCUAAAAGCGGGUUCAUAGUCACCAUGGAGAACAUCUGCAGCUUUUUAAAAAUGUUUGUCUCUAGAAUCACGACCACUGUGUUUCCCAUAGCUCCUUUUGUAUGUGUGUGCUGGAGUGAAUGUGUUGAUGGGUCUCUGUGUUUGACUUUGUUAACUUUGCCCCCCUGCCCCCAACCCCCCACCCCACUCCCUCCCUUUCUUUUUCCCCCCCCAAAACGCCUUGUCCUGCAGCAGAGUGACAUAGCAAUAAUGAGUGGUGCUUCUGUUCUAGACGGCUCUAUUGGCUUUGGACCCUCUGGGCUUCUCUGAAUUUCAUCCUGUUGGAAGAAUAUUUUGAAAUAAAAGAAAAAGUUGAUGUCA